ACUCCCUGUCCUCUUGUCGCCUUGGUAACGGAAAAGGAGGGGGCUCACGGCCAGAGGGAAGGAGAGGUACCCGGACUCCUCUUUACAUGAGCGUUCUUGUUAUUGUUAUCAGUGUGGUGGAUAGAUAUUACUGCUUCUCGAAUUCAGAGCGCCUGUAGGUCGCCCGCUGUCUCCACGAGCUCGUUUGGUCAGUUGAACGGGAGCUGACAUGUCAGACAUCGUUCCUCCAGAGGUUAGACCCAAACCAGCUGUCCCUGCCAAACCCCCAAACGUGGGGGCUCCUUCUCCUUCUAGCCCCUUCCCACCCCAGGGCCUGGGUGUCGGAGGAGGCGGCAUCUCUGCUCCCCCACCGAGCGCCAUUCCAGUUCCCAUUGGAAGUCAUGGUGGCAGUCACAGCGUGGGUCAUGGCAUAGGACACAGCGUUAGUCACGCUGGAAGUCACGCUGCACCACACAGCGGCGGUCAUGGUCAUGGUGGCUCCCACAGCUCCAGCGGGGGAUCCACUCUGCUGGGAUACAUUGGUAUCGACACCAUCAUUGAGCAGAUGAGGAAGAAGACCAUGAAGACUGGUUUUGACUUCAAUAUCAUGGUAGUAGGUCACAGUGGUCUGGGAAAGUCAACCCUGGUGAACACCUUAUUCAAGUCCCAAGUGAGCAGGAGGAGUGCAGGAUGGGCUCGUGAUGAGAAGAUCCCCAAAACUGUGGAGAUCAAGGCAGUGUCUCACGUUAUUGAAGAGGGUGGUGUGAAGAUGAAGCUGACAGUUGUCGACACUCCGGGCUUCGGAGACCAAAUCAAUAACGACAACUGCUGGGAGCCCAUCUCCAAAUACAUCAAUGAGCAGUAUGAGAAGUUCCUGAAGGAGGAGGUCAACAUCACCAGAAAGAAGCGAAUCCCGGACACCAGGGUGCACUGCUGUCUCUAUUUUAUCUCCCCAACCGGACACUCUCUUCGACAGCUAGAUACUGAGUUCAUGAAGCGCCUGAGUCACUCGGUCAACAUUAUUCCCGUCAUUGCCAAAGCAGAUACACUGACCAUUGAGGAGAGACAGGAGUUCAAGCAGAGGGUAAGGAAGGAGCUGGAGAUGAGCGGGAUUGAAUUUUACCCACAAAAAGAGUUUGAUGAUGACAUGGAAGACAAGAGUGACAACGAUAAAAUCAGAGAGGCGAUGCCCUUUGCUGUGGUGGGGAGUGACAAAGAAUAUCAAGUGAACGGCAAACCGGUUCUGGGGAGGAAGACAGCGUGGGGAAUUGUGGAGGUUGAAAAUCCAAACCAUUGUGAGUUUGCUCAGCUGAGAGAUUUUCUGAUCAGGUCUCACCUGCAGGAUCUGAAGGAAGUCACUCAUAACAUUCACUAUGAAACGUACCGUGCCAAGAGACUGAAUGAGAACGGAGGUCUGCACCCCAUAUCGUCCGCUGAUACCCAGGAGAGCAACCUGUAGUCAGAGAGAGAGUGAAAACAAUGAGUCCAAUAGAUGAAUCUACAAAAUACUAUAAUCCUUAUCACCACAGCAUUGCUGCAUGUGUGGAAAAGAAAAUUAAUGUGUUAAGAAUUGGUGUCAUUUAAUCCCCAAACUCCACCCAUCCUUUUCUUCAUAUUCUUCCCCACCAAGCAUAUCAAACCCCUCUGUUACCAUUUUCCAUUCAUCCUAGUGAGUCUUUGGAGGAAAGACAUAAUGUAAAAGAGACUUAGUGCCGGUAACGUUUUUUCCACUGCCAGCGCCUUUUCUCAUUGUUCAGAGUGUACAUGGAAAGUGCUCGUGUCUCUCGUGUACGGGAGGCUGAUUUUUAAGCCUGUGUGUUGUGUAGCAACUGACAGCCGAGUUUAGACAAACAAAGUGAUUUGCUCUAAAUAUUAAAAUCAUAAUUCCUGUGUAGCAACGGUGCAUUAGCCGGCUCUGCGGCUGGCUCUGUUGAAAUUGCCGAUUUUAAAUUCUGAGCAGCAGCUGUUCAUUUAAAGGAAGAAUCCCAGCGGCUUUACUGUCAAGAGGGUUUAACGAACAUUACAAGCUGUGCUGCCUUCUUUAAUAACCGAGUCCACGAAGGAAAAUAAUGAACUUUCUUUUGAGAGUUGCAGCAUUAGUCACAUGUAAAAUGCAGUUUAUAAGGAGUCCACAUGGUGAGUGACUGCUCGCUGCCGAUUCAGUGAUUCACGGUAACAAACACAAAUUUAGCUGUUCAUGCAGAUGCAGCUCACCGUGUUUUGUUUCAGCACAGUGCUCAUACAGGAAACUGCAUCUGUGUUCACUUGCAGCAAUGAGCUGUGCUCUUGGAGUUCCACCAUGCAUAUUUUAUCAAGGUUCAGACUGAUUUUUGUUAGAUGUUUCCUGUUUAAAUAGUUGACAGGCAAUAGAUGCAGGAAUUAUAACAAAUUGCAUAUACAAGCUUUCCCAGCUGGAAUGACUUGUUUUUGGUCUUUGAGAGCCACUACUAUCAGUGCAAACGUUGUUUUGUUUAAAUAUUUUUGGUUGUUUUUUUCUUUAUCAUUACCAUUCAUGGCAAGUAGCCAUUCAAUAAAAUAUUAUAUUAAACCCGAAA